GUCCAAAAUGGCCGGAACCGGCCUUCGCCGCCCGCAGCCAAGAUGGCGGCGUACGAGAAGCGGCGGGCGGCGGCCGCCCCGGCGGCGGGGAGCGGGCUGGCGGAGCCGGCUCGGGUGGCGGCCGGCGGGCUGGGGAGCGAGACGGAGUUCCUGCUGCGGGCUGGCGUCACUGCCAUGGUGCGGGAGGCGCUGCUGAAGGUGCUGGAGGCGCGGCCCGAAGAGCCCGUCUCCUUCCUGGCCGACUACUUCGAGCGGCUGGUGCUGGGCAGCCCCGCCGCGGCGGGCGAGGCCUCCGCGGAGCUCCCGGGGCCGCCGCAGCGCCUGGCGCGGGCGCUGUGGUACGUGCGCCUGGCCCAUCACUCCCACAGGACGGCCUUCGACAGCAACGCCGGCGCGGCCUACGAGGUGCUGGGCGCCGGCGGGCGGCGGCGGAAGGCGGGCGUGGACGGGCGGCUGUACAGCGAGCUGCUGCGGCGCAUCUGCCAGCGCGGGCCGGCCCCCGCCGAGGCGGCGGCGGCGCUGCUGGGGCGGGUCCGGUGCCGCGACCACGAGGCGGUGCCGCUGCCCGUGUUCCGGUACGGCGUGCUGGCUUGCUCCGUGCUGCUCGAGUUCGCCGCCAAGGCCGACGCGCUGUUCGGCGUCCUGGGCGGCGGCUCGGGCGCGGCGGACGGGCGGGUGUGCCAGGCCGUGCUGCGGGCGCUGGAGGAGGUGCUGGGCGCUGGGCACGGGCCCCGGCCCGGCCGCUUCCUAGAAGCCGGAUCCCGCUUGGGCCCCGACCGGCUGGCGCUGGCCAUGGACCAGGCGCUGCGGGAGCGGCAGCGGGGCAGCGCCAUGAGCCGGGAGGAGUUCCUGCGCAGAGCUACCGCCUUGUUCGUCGCCAGGGUGAAGCCCGUUGAAUGAUGCUGGCCACCAUUGGCCCCCCGUGGAGCCGUUGGCGUGAAGGGGCUCCAGAUCUGGCACUGAGCCGGACAGCGAGCACCGCGGCCGGUUGGGCGCUGCUGGGAGAACCCGGCUCUGCCGAUGGGAGAUUCCCCGUUACCACAUCCCCGCCUUUUCCGAGGCUGGUGCUGGAUACGACCCUGUUCGUUGUGCCUCUCCCACUGAUCAGCUGCUGCUGGCAAAUCUUUAGGUGUUAACUGGGGACUUGCAAGGAGGGCUGUGAGCUGUUCAGCAGUCUUGGUCAGAAAAAGGAGCCAGAAUGAAGUAAACGUGGGGCUGGAGCUGCAGACACCCCACGUUUGCUCCCGGCCCUGGCCGUGUCGUGUCUUGCAGCUUCAGCAGGAACUUUGUUUUGUUUUGGGGUUUGUUUCACACCUGUCUGUGACAUGGGGGUGAUGUUCAUCUACCUACCGCUGUGAGGAUUUGCAGGUAAAUACGGGGCUGAUCUGGAGUGUGAGAUAAAGCCUUAUUUUAUUAAGCAACAUGUUUAAUUAAACACAGACGAUGAGCAAUGGCUGGGAAGCAAACCUGGCUGGAAGGGCUGUGCCACAGCCGAGCUGCAGGCAAUGAACCGUCCCUGCUCUAUCGCUGGAGAUCAAAGCUACAGAUCCUGCAGCAACUCAGGAUGAGACAAACCCCGUUCCCCAAGGCCAUUGUUUGUUUUUGAAUAGAGAUGCGUGUUGAAACGUGUGUUAUUUAUUUGAACGUGUCUGUGUUGGUUAUUUAAACUGUGCAACUAAUGGUUUACUGUAAGACAUUAAAGCUUUUUAUUAUUU